CGGGGUUUCAGCCAAAAGCGGUACCGGAGCAGCGCCUAUUAGAGUUGUCCUCACCGUCACGGCCGGUUCCUCCUCCAAGAUCCAUUCAUUAGAUUUUUUUCAUUCACGAAAGUAGUGAGGCCUGGUUGAAAGCCAUGGAGAGCGCUCUCCCUGCCGCCGGUUUCCUGUACUGGGUGGGCGCGGGCACCGUGGCCUACCUGGCCCUGCGCAUCUCGUGCUCGCUCUUCAUGGCUCUUCGGGUCUGGGGUUUGGGUCACGAGCCUGGGGUCGGACCAGGGCUCGGUGAAUGGGCAGUUGUCACAGGUAGUACUGAUGGAAUUGGGAAAUCAUAUGCAGAAGAGUUAGCAAAGUGUGGGAUGAAGCUCGUCCUUAUCAGCAGGUCACAGGAUAAGCUUAACCAGGUCUCCAGUGAAAUAAGAGAAAAAUACAAAGUGGAAACAAGGACCAUUGCUGUUGACUUUGCAUCAGAAGAUAUUUAUGAUAAAAUUAAAACAAGCUUGGCAGGUCUUAAAAUUGGUGUUUUAGUGAACAACGUGGGAAUGUCAUAUGAGUAUCCCGAAUACUUUCUGGAAAUUCCUGACUUGGACAAUGCCAUCAAGAAACUGAUAAAUAUUAAUAUUCUUUCUGUUUGUAAGAUGACAAGAUUGGUGCUGCCUGGCAUGGUAGAAAGAUCUAAAGGGACAAUUCUGAACAUAUCCUCUGCCUCUGGCAUGAGGCCAACUCCACUGUUGACCAUCUACUCUGCAACCAAGGCUUUUGUAGAUUUCUUCUCUCGGUGCCUCCAUGAGGAAUAUAGGAGCAAGGGCAUCUUUGUGCAGAGUGUCCUGCCAUACUUUGUAGCUACGAAAAUGACGAAAAUCCGAAAGCCAACUUUGCAGACACCUUCUCCAGAGAUGUUUGUGAAGUCUGCAAUGAAAACAGUGGGUUGGAAAUCCCGAACCAAUGGAUACCCGGUCCAUUCUCUUAUGGGUACAAUAAUCUCAACCUUGCCUUCGUGGUUAUAUUUUAAUGUCAUCAUGCGUUCUGUCAAGUCUACGCGGGCUCGCUAUCUGAGGAAGGCCAAGAAGAACUAAGCAUUGAUAAGCGCAUGGAGUGACGUGGCUGGAUGCUCCAGCCUGGGCACGUUCAUUGCGAGUCGCCCACCAGCUCCAAGAGCUUCAGCUGUCAUUUGAAUCGUUACUAAUAGGGCUAAAUGUGGUCAGAAUUGGCAAGAAAGCAGAAAUUUCUUUCAGGAGUUCCUGGCAUAUAUUCUGGAUGCUACUAGGAAUUAUUUUGAAGUUUAACAUAAAUGCUCAUAUCAAUUGGAUAUAGAAUUAAUAUUAGCAAGAACAGCUUAAUAGGCAGAAGCAGGAUGAUAACAAAUCAUAGAAUGAUAGAGUCCACAUUUUCAUCUGGCCCCAAAUGCCAAUGAUGAUGAUUCUUGUAUUUCCUCUGAAACAUUCUUUAAAAAGUCAUGGCCAGCUACUCUUUCUUGUUUUUAACACUUUCAGGGGUGGAGGUCAAUUGCCUCUCUUAUGGGAGGACAUCCUGCAAUGUACAUAGCUCUUUGUGAGGUUCUCUAAAAGCAUGUCCCAGUUUAUACAUUUAUACAGAACUGUUCUUUCUCAAAGGUAGCUAGCUAAUGACACAAAAAUAAUUCAUGAAAUAGGGAAUUUUUGACCCACGAAGCCCAUGAAAAUAUGGUUUUCUCUAAUACAUUUUCUUCUCAGUUAAAUGUAUGUAAAUACUGAAUGCUAUAUGGUAUGAUUUACAAAGAAAACAGGACCAAAUGUACAUUAGACUGGCAGCCACCGAUGGUGUCGCUGAAGCCUGACCCAGGAAAGCAGCCUGCUUGGACCUAGGCACUAGUUUCCACACUGCAUUAAUGCCGCUUACAGCUGUGCCAACAGGCUACUCGUAGAACAGUAAUGAUAUCAGAGAAGUGGCAUAUAUUUUUUAAUUGGUACCCUAUAGAUACUGAUAUAAUUACUUCUAAUGAAAGAUGAUACAACCAUGGUGUUGAUUGAAAAUAUAUUUCUUUGGUGCUGGAAAUUAAGACCCCCCUUUACCCUGGCUUAAUGGAAAUUAAGACUUACUUUUAUCCUGCUACAUAACUUGUUUGGGGAAAGGGCCAAGCAAUAAGUCAAUGUUGGGAAACAUGCAACCGGGAAAGUAGGUCUUUACCUAGGCUGUGGUUCCAAGGCUCUGAGUUUUCAGCACCAGUAAAUUCAGGGGGAGAAAAAAAAUUAAAUUGGGUGGUUUAUGUGUUCCUAGCUUUUAAUUUUGUCAGCUAACGACGUAAAACAAAAACAGAAAAACCAAAUUACCAUCAUUAUAUAAAACACAAGACCUUUCAGCAUACAGAAAGUAGGAAGAACAUAAUUUCAGAAUAAGGAAUAGUCAUUUAAAUUGAAUAAAUUUAACUCUAUGAAAACCA